AUGCCAGUAGAAUAUCGUCAGAAUAAAAAUUAUACUUCAACUCAUCUUAGUUAUUAUGAAUUACCUCAUUCAAUAGGACGUCAUCAUAUGUCGCAAAAUUAUAAUCAACAAAAUGCAUCAGAUCGUCUUUAUCAAAUAGCUAUACAAGCUGCAGUGGCCAAAGCAGAAUCAUCUAAAUCCACAAAUGAUGAAAUUCGUAAAUUUUAUCAUGAUGAUAAUAAAUAUAAAUUAAAUAAAACAAAACUAAACAAUAAUGUACAUAAUCAUACUAUUAAUAAUACAAUUACUACAAUCAGCACUACAACUACAAUAAUAACAACUACUAAUACUGCUACUACUACCACUACUACUCCUUCGACAAAUUUAUCAUCAAAAGUUAAAACAGCACAUUUAACUCCUCAACAAUGGCAAUUAUUAAAUGAUUAUCAUGAACAUGAUUUAUUUGUACGUACAAGAAGUUGGAGUUUUUGUAUGGCAGUUUUAGGUGUUGGUGUAACAUUGUUUGGUAUUGGUAGUCCAGCAUGGAAAUGGAUUGGAGAUUCUCGGAAUCCUUAUGAACUUGGUUUAUGGACCUUGUGUCUACCGAACAAUUCCACUUGUCUUUCAAUAAUUUACCACUUACAGAAUAACUGGAAACUUCAUAUAUCAAUUAUAUGUCUACUGGGUUGUGCCUGCUUAUUUGGAAUAUUGGGUUUGGGUUUAGCUAUUACAGGUGUGUGCAAAAGUGCCUUGAUUCUUAGACUUUAUUAUUAUCAUUCAGCUGGUGAAUGCUUUUUGGUUUCAAGUAUUGCCACAAUAACUGCUUUAAUACUCUAUCCAAUAUCAGCUGAAACAUGUAUACAAAAUUUAUUAAACCUUAAUAUAUUCAAAAUCAAAUCAACUGAUCACACUUCCACGAUCAGCAUAUCUAGUAACAAUAACAACAAAAAUCCUGCUUCUGAAGAAGAUGUAUCAUUGACUAAUAUUGAGACACAAUUUGGAUAUACAUAUUUUUUGACAUGGAUUGCAGCGCUAUUUUUUGUCAACUCAUUUAUAUGCAUGAAUUUAGAUUUAUUGAUACAAUCAUUCGUUCGACCAAUACCACUAAUCAGCAAUACGAUAAAUAAUUUAAUGCCAUGCUGUGGUUUGUCUACCUCGUUAUCAGAAUCACCAGUAUCGUCUAAAUCGUCACACUCAUCUUGUCAUUUUAAUGAAUCUAUUUAUAAAAAGCAAAGACAUGAAUGUACUGAACAGAACAUAGAACAUAUGGUAAUAUCAAACGGUAAUCAAAAUACUGAAACUAAUCCUAGUGGCAAUCUACAUUCUAAGCGCAAACUGAUAAAAUAUCAAAGAGAAUUCGUAUCAUUCGACGAUAGUAUUACAGAGAAUAGUCAACAUCAACCUUGUCAAGUACCAAACAUUCUUUUGAGUGAUUAUGAUAAGGAAUGCGAAUUAAUAAAUUCACGAAAUAAAGAAUUGUGCAAGGAAAAUUCUAUUAAUAUUACUGAUGAGAUUGUAGUGAUUCCUGAUAAGAUUUUACAAGAUUCAGGUCAAGAUGAACUUCAUAUAUCAAUUAUAUGUCUACUGGGUUGUGCCUGCUUAUUUGGAAUAUUGGGUUUGGGUUUAGCUAUUACAGGUGUGUGCAAAAGUGCCUUGAUUCUUAGACUUUAUUAUCAUUCAGCUGGUGAAUGCUUUUUGGUUUCAAGUAUUGCCACAAUAACUGCUUUAAUACUCUAUCCAAUAUCAGCUGAAACAUGUAUACAAAAUUUAUUAAACCUUAAUAUAUUCAAAAUCAAAUCAACUGAUCACACUUCCACGAUCAGCAUAUCUAGUAACAAUAACAACAAAAAUCCUGCUUCUGAAGAAGAUGUAUCAUUGACUAAUAUUGAGACACAAUUUGGAUAUACAUAUUUUUUGACAUGGAUUGCAGCGCUAUUUUUUGUCAACUCAUUUAUAUGCAUGAAUUUAGAUUUAUUGAUACAAUCAUUCGUUCGACCAAUACCACUAAUCAGCAAUACGAUAAAUAAUUUAAUGCCAUGCUGUUGUUUGUCUACCUCGUUAUCAGAAUCACCAGUAUCGUCUAAAUCGUCACACUCAUCUUGUCAUUUUAAUGAAUCUAUUUAUAAAAAGCAAAGACAUGAAUGUACUGAACAGAACAUAGAACAUAUGGUAAUAUCAAACGGUAAUCAAAAUACUGAAACUAAUCCUAGUGGCAAUCUACAUUCUAAGCGCAAACUGAUAAAAUAUCAAAGAGAAUUCGUAUCAUUCGACGAUAGUAUUACAGAGAAUAGUCAACAUCAACCUUGUCAAGUACCAAACAUUCUUUUGAGUGAUUAUGAUAAGGAAUGCGAAUUAAUAAAUUCACGAAAUAAAGAAUUGUGCAAGGAAAAUUCUAUUAAUAUUACUGAUGAGAUUGUAGUGAUUCCUGAUAAGAUUUUACAAGAUUCAGGUCAAGAUGGUGAAUGGAUCUAA